AUGAAAGCCAUAACGGCGGUGUGCGCAACUGGAGCGUCUGUGCCGGCGAUCGCCAGCGGACGGGUGCAGAGGCAUCGGGACGGCGAGAACGCUGAAAUUCAAAUGUAUCUCUCCAAAUUACAAGAUUUGGUGCCGUUUAUGCCAAAGAAUAGGCGGAUCUCAAAACUGGAAGUGAUCCAGCAUGUGAUCGAUUAUAUUUGCGAUCUACAGUCGGCAUUGGAAAAUCAUCCUGCCGUGGGACAGUUCGAGGCGGAGGCCGCCCUGGCGCCUGCGUGCGCUUCGCCGCCCAAGCCGCGUCGCCGGCCGCUGGGCGUCCGCCCAGCACCCAACACAAUCCUCCCUGCCGAUAAGGCUGUAUCGACGACACAUCACUCUAAUCAUAUGACUCCCGAAAAGCAAGAUCAACCAGAUAGGCCGACGUCGUGC